AAUUCCUGGCCUGAUGGAAUUUAAGAAAAAUACCACUACUGGAAUAGCCAAAGCAAGAAGAUGUGUCAGCUAUUAUCCCAUGCCUUCUAUCAUUGCUGUCUGCAAUGUAGGUAUAUGGGAGCAACUUGCAUUUCCAGGAAAAACGAGAAAGAGGACAUGUGCAGAGAAUCCCAACUGGAUUUCCAUAGUGGUACAGGGAUGCCCUCUGUUCCCACCACUGCCCUCUUUUUCUUAGUAUUAUUAGUCGCUGCCGUAUCUGGAGAAACACAAGUGCAAUUUGCUGGUGAAACCGCCUUUUUUGUAAAUGAGACCAGUACCACGGUGAUACGGCUAGUUAUUGAAAGGACGGGAGUGCCUGUAAACAUCACUGCAAUAGUUCUGCUGGAAGAAGAAAACACUGGGGACUUUGUAGCCACUGCUACUGCUGCUUUUAUACCCGACUGGGAGACAAAACGCACCGUCUACAUCUCUGUGUGUGAUGACGACGUUCCAGAGGCAGAUGAAACAUUUCAUUUCCUGCUAAUAUUACAGAACCCUCCACCAAACACAAAGCUUGGAUCCCAGAAUGUAGUAACUGUCACUAUACUAUCAAACGACAAUGCUUUUGGAAUCAUCUCCCUUGAUAUGUCAUCCUUUGUCACAGUGAAUGAGCCAAGGGGUAGAAACCAAUCCCUGCCUCUCAUCCUUCUGAGGGAGAAGGGCACCUACGGAACCGUGACUGUGACUUUUGAGAUAGAUGGAGGUCCAAAUCCACCUGAAGAAGAUCUAAUACCAUCUAAAGGAAAUAUCACAUUUUCAACUGGCAGGUCCGUGCUGGUCUACAACCUGACAGUAUUAGAUGAUCAGAUACCUGAAAAUGAUGAAAACUUUACUGUGACACUUACAAAUGUGUUUGGAGGUGCAGAGAUCAAUGUAACAAGAAGUACUGUCCAGAUAAACAUUAAGAAAAAUGACAGCCCUGUGCGCUUCAGUCAGAGCUCUUACAUGGUGCCCGAGACAGAGGACGUGUUAGUCAUUCCGGUGAUCCGAGGACGGACGCUUACAGACGCAUCAGUUGGUGACGAUGACUCUGUGGUCUCAAUCAAAUACAGAAUUGUAACUGGGAACUCUACAUCCAGUGCUCAGCUGAGUAGUGAUUUCUUAGACCUUCAGCCAAAUAAUACUAUUGUCUUUCCUCCGAAAGUACAGGAGGUUGCCCUGAAGUUUAAAAUCGUUGACGAUGCAAUCCCGGAAAUAGCGGAGUCCUUUCAGAUUUUAUUGCUGGAAGAUACACUACAAGGCGAUGCUGUUCUGCAACAUCCGAAUGGCGUCCAUGUUGUCAUUGAACCUAAUGAUAAACCCUAUGGAGUUUUGUCGAUUAGCAGUGCCAUUCUUGCACAGACUGUCAUUAUUGAUGAAGAUAAAGUAUCAGGAUAUGAAGGGAUAACUGUAGUGAGAAAUGGAGGGACACACGGCAAUGUGUCAGUAAGCUGGGUCAUUACCCGCAACAGCAGCGACCUCUUCCUGGUGGCCGAUGACAUCUCGCCAGCCUCCGGAGUGCUUCAGUUUUCUCAAGGACAGAUGAUGACAACAAUUCCCUUCACAGUUGUAGCAGAUGAUGUGCCGGAAGAGGCGGAGGCGUAUCUCCUGCGGAUACUGGCAAAUACUGUGAAAGGCGGAGCAGAGGUUGGCUCUCCAGCCGAGCUUGUGUUCUACAUUCAAGACAGUGAUGAUGUAUAUGGUUUGAUUCAAUUUCAUGCUAUCGAAGUGCAGAAAAUUGAGAGCAGUCCUGAAGGGCGAUGUUUGACCUUGAGUUUUGUGCGGCAACAUGGAACCAAAGGAGAUGUGAAAUUGAUUUAUAGUGCAAUGUAUAUCCCAGCUGGACCUGUGGAUCCUAUAAGAGCAAAAGAUGGAGUUCUCAAUGUUUCAUCAAAGAACAGUGUUGUUUUUGCAGAAUCAAAUACACUUAUUACAGUCAAACUACCCAUCAGAAACUACGCAUUUCUCCAGAAUGGGGCUCAUUUUCUUGUACAGCUUGAAUCCGUUGAAUUGCUGAGACCCAUCCCCAUAGUGCCACCAAUAAGUCCAAGACUUGGCCCUCUCCAGAAUAUUUCUUUGAAAGUUACCCCUGACAUCGCCAAUGGAGAAAUUGGUUUUACAAGUAAUCUACCAAUCAUUGUAUCAGAGCCAGAGAACGUCUCCUCUGAUGUGGUGUCUAUUGGCCUGCACCGUGAUGGGACCGGGGGUGACGCUAUUGUCUACUGGAGUCUGAAACCAUACGGCACCAAUCAGAACGCUAUCACACUAGAUGAUUUAAGCCCUUUCAAUGGUUCUGUGAAAUUUUUAUCUGGACAAAGUGGAACAGCGAUAAAUAUCACCAUUAAAGCGGAUGACAUACCUGAAGUUAAUGAAACUGUGAUCAUAUCACUGGACAGUGUCAAUGUGGAAAAUCAGGUCCUGAAGUCAGGAUUUACCAGCUGUGAACUAACUAUACUGGAAAACGAUGAUCCGGGAGGAGUGUUUGAAUUCUCUCCGUCUCACAGAGGUCCUUAUAGUGUAAAAGAAGGAGAUUCUGUUGAGCUCAGGAUUGCUCGGUCCAAAGGUAUCCUUGUAAAGCAGUUUCUACGCUACACCAUAGAACCCAAGGACAGCAAUGAAUUCUAUGGAAACACUGGGAUCCUGGAGUUCAAGACUGGGGAAAAGGAGAUUGUAAUUACAUUGUUAACAAGGAUGGAUGGGAUACCAGAGCUGGACGAGAUGUACUCAGUGGUGAUCAGCAGCCUCGGGGACUUUCCCAGCACAUUAGGAGACGCCAGGAGAGUCAACAUAACUAUUUUAAAGAACGAUGAUCCCCACGGAGUUAUUGAGUUUGUUUCUCCAGGAAUAGUAAAACAUAUAAAUGAAAGCAAAGGAAAGGACAUCCACUAUGCUACAUUUGAUGUUAUAAGAAAACAUGGACAUUUUGGAGUCAUUAAUGUGUCCUGGACCAUAACUCCUAAUUCAAGUACUGAUGUUUACCCUGCAAACGGCAUACUUCAGUUUACAGAUGGUGAUACCUUUAAAACCAUAACAGUUUCAUCCAUUCCAGAUGAGAUUCCAGAAGAGGAUGAAGAAUUCACCAUUACAAUUUUUAAACCCACGGGUGAUGCCAGGAUGGGAGAUAUCACUACUGCUACACUGACUAUUACUAAAAAUGAUGACGCAAUCUUCUUUGCAGAUCCGGUUGUGGUUUGGGUUGAUGAAGGCCAGGUUGCAAAUUUUACCAUUGUACGCAAUGGAUCUGCUGAUUUUGUGUCUUCAGUCACAUAUAUCACUGUCAGCGGUACAGCUAAAGCUGAAGAUCAAGAUUUCACUGCCGUUUCUGGAAACAUCUUGGUGUUUGAAGUUGGACAAAGAUUGCUGAGUAUAUCAGUGUAUACCAGUGAAGAUGAUAUACCGGAGACAGAUGAAUUCUUUUAUCUACUGCUCCUCAAUUGCACAGGAGACACUGUAGUGAGUGGAAACAGAAACGCUACAAUUAUUAUUAAAGCUGAUGAUGACCCCAAUGGGAUAUUUCAUAUUGAACCCAUUGACAAAACAGUAGAAGAAGGUGGAUACAAUCGAUUCAAGGUGGUGAGAGAAAGAGGCCAUUUUGGUAGUGUUUUCUUACAUUGGCAGAUUUUGCAGAAUGGUUCAGGCUUACAACCAGGCCAGGAAUUUUCUGAAUCAUGGGGAACUCUUUGGUUCAAUGAUAAAGAAGAAUUUAAAUAUAUUAUUCUCAGUGCUGUUUCUGAUAAAAUUCCAGAGUUCAAUGAGUUUUACACUUUAAAAUUGGUGAAUAUUUCAGGUGGGUUUCCAGGUCCAGGUGGUCAACUGGCAGAGACAAACCUGAAUGUUACGGUGAUGAUCCCUUUCAAUGAUGAUCCUUUUGGAGUGUUUGUAAUUGGCCCGGAGAGUCAGAAUCGAGAGGUAGCGGAAGAUGUGCUCUCAGAAGAUGACAUGAGCUAUGUGACUAACAUUUCAGUGUGGCGACAUCAAGGAACCUUUGGAGAUGUUCGUGUUGGCUGGGAAAUUUAUUCCAAUACCUUUAAAUCUGGCCUCCCCCCAAUGCUAGACCUCUUGCUCAUUGCGUCAUUCCCCCCGUCAGUGCAGUUGCAGCCUCACAUGCGACGGCACCACAGUGGAACGGAUGCCUUAUUUUUCAGCGGCAAUGAAGGUGCAUUUGGAGUGAUUGAUUCCCAGUAUUAUCACAAUAUGAAUAGCACCAUGACAAAUUUUACUUUCUCAGCAUGGACAAUACCACACACGAAUACUAAUGGUUUUAUAAUAUCAAAGGAUAAUGGUAAUGGAACAAUGCAUUACGGCGUGAAAGUGGAAACAAAUGAUUCUUAUAUCAUGGUCCUGCUUUUCUAUGUGACCUAUGGAUCCAACAGUACUUAUUUUGCUAAGGCCGGAGUCCCAAAAUACAUGCAGCAAAAUGCUUGGACCCAUGUUCUAAUUACAUUAGAUGAUGGAUUUAUAGAGUUUUAUAUUGAUGGAAACCCGGUCCCUGGUGGAGUGAAGAGCCUGAAAGGAGAAGGAAUCGUUAAUGGUCCGGGAACCUUGCGUGUUGGUGCAGGGGAGAGUGGAGGAAGCAGAUACACUGGCUUGCUGCAAGAUGUUAGGCUCUAUGAACAGAGAUUGUCUCGAGCAGAGAUCACUGAACUCCAUGCUACAGCAGCCAAGAGUGACCUGCACCCAACAUCUGGGUAUUUGGAAUACAGACAAGGAGAGUUACAUAAGUCUUUCAUUGUAUCUGCACGGGAUGACAGUGAGGAAGAAGGCGAGGAACUCUUCAUGCUAAAACUAGUUUCUGUAUUUGGGGGAGCAAGGAUUCCAGAGGAGAACACAACAGCAGCAAUAAGGAUCCAGAAAAGUGAUAACGCCAAUGGUUUGUUUGGCUUCACUGGGCCCUGUAUUCCCCAGUCCUCAGAGGAAGGUUCUACCAUCUCCUGUGUUGUGGAACGCACCAGAGGAGCGCUAGACACCGUGUAUCUUUUCUACACCAUCGUGCAGACAGACGCUGGCGGCACUACUGGCUCAGUGACUGACUUUACUAGCAGCAGUGGAAAUAUUACAUUUCUGCCAAUGCAGCGAUCAAAGGUGUUAAAUCUGGAUGUUCUAGAUGACGAGUUUCCAGAACUGACAGAACAUUUCCGUGUCACUCUCACUCAUGCGGUGUCUGCUGAUGGAAAGAUUGGAUCCACUCCAACCAGUGGAGCAAGUAUAGAUCCACUUACUUCAUCUGAGGACAUUACAAUAAGCGCAAGUGAUCACCCGUAUGGGUUAUUUCAGUUCUCUGUGAACCCCCCACCUAGACCAGGAGAUAAUAUGACCCUUCCUGCAAAAUCUGUCCCCACGAUAAAAGUAAAGGAGGAAAUAGGACAGGUGAAACUGCUGGUGGUCCGAGCACAGGGACUUCUGGGACAAAUAAGAGUUCAGUACCGGACAUCCCCGAUGACAGCAUUCAGUCCACAGGACUAUCAGGAAGCAGGAGAUUCUUUGGAGUUUCAGCCUGGAGAACGAUAUAAAUACAUCUCUGUUACCAUCACUGAUAACUCUCUGCCCGAACUGGCCAAAUCAUUUAAAGUUGAACUGUGGAACGCAAAUGGAGGAGUGGCUGAACUCUUUAGGGAUGAUGGCUUUGCUAGUGGUGAUGGUGACAUGGAACAGUUCCUUCCAGCUGUACACCAGAGGGCUAGCUUGGGCAUAGCCUCCCACAUCAUUGUGAUCAUCGAAGACUCUGACGAUGCCCAUGGUGUAUUUGGAUUCAAUAAUGAUUCCUUGUACAAGAACACUACCGAACCCCAUACUGGAUACAGUGCUGUUGCGUUUCAGGUCUUACGUCAUCGUGGAGCAUUGUCAAUGGUGUUUGUGUUUUGGACAAUAGAAUUUGACCCGUUUGGAGACUUGGGUUUCACACACGGCAAUGUAACUUUUGAAAUUGGGCAGAAAAGUGCAAAUAUAACUAUCCUGGUGGCUUCUGAUGAUGUUCCAGAACUAGAUAAAGUUUUUUCCAUUGUACUCACUAAUGUUUCCAGUGGUCGCUUGGGGGAUUUUACCAAUGCUUCAUUGACCAUCUUUGCUAAUGAUGACCCCUACGGUGUUUUUAUAUUUUCUGAGUUGAACCGACCAAUCAAAGUUCAAGAAACAAACCAAAAUAUUUCUUUAACAAUCAAACGAUUAAAUGGUCUGAUGGGGACUGUCAUGGUUUCCUAUCAAACAAUUUUGGACAUUGAAAAACUUUCAUUUUUUCCUCCGAACAUUGCAAGAGCCACGAGCGGGAAAGACUACUGGCCUAUCUCUGGGAAUGUUAUUUUUAGAGAAAAUAUCAGUGAAGUCAGUAUCAUUCUCCCAAUUCUAGAUGAUAGUGAUCCAGAGAAAUCGGAGUCUUUAUUUAUUGAAUUAUUCAAUGUCUCAUUAGUGGAAAGAGUACAACGUCAGCCUGUCUUAAACUCGCCACGUCUUGGAUCUAGAAGUGAGACUGUGGCACAGGUCAUUAUUAAUGCCAGUGAUGAUGCUUUCGGAGUGCUCCAGCUAUCCGCCACUUCCGUACGCGUUGCUGAAAGUUAUGUCGGACCAAUAAUUAAUGUCACUAGAACCGGCGGGAUGUUUGCUGACGUUUCAGUGAAAUUCAAGGCAGUGUCCAUAACAGCAACUGCUGGUGAAGACUACAGUGUAGCUUCGUCAGAUGUCGUUUUACUGGAAGGAGAGGCCAGCAAGGCUGUGCCAAUAUAUAUAAUCAAUGACAUUUACCCUGAAGUAGAGGAGUCAUUCCAGGUCCUGCUGAUCAAUCAGACAACAGGUGGAGCUUUAAUAGGCGAUAUAACCGAAGCAAUUAUUAUCAUUGAAGCAUCCGAUGAUCCUUAUGGAUCCUUUGUUUUCCAGGUGACGUCUGUUACUGUUGAUGAGCCUGACUUCAAUUCAAUUGAUGUAAAUCUGCCAAUAAUUCGCAAUGCUGGGACUCUUGGCAAUGUUGUUGUUCAGUGGGUCGCCACUGUUAAUGGGCAACUUGCCACUGAUGACCUCCGAGCUGCAUCCGGGAAUAUCAGUUUUGCCCCUGGGGAAACCGUUCGGACUCUGUUAUUAGAAAUCAUGGCUGACAACGUUCCUGAGAUUGACGAGACCUUUGUAAUACAACUUACCAGAGCCUCAAGUGGAGGUACCAUUGGACCAGAAGGAAUAGCCAAAGUCAUAGUACCAGCUAAUGACAAUCCCUACGGAACUAUUUUCUUCUAUCAACCUGUGUAUAGGAUUCAGGAGCCGCUGGAAAAGAGUUCUUUUGCAAAUAUCACCAUCAGGAGGAGUGCAGGACGUUUUGGCCGCUUGCAGGUAUUAUACAGCACCGCUGAGAUCGAUGUGGUUGACCUUGCAGUUAAAAGUGGACAGGACAUGUUGCCUUACUUCGAACCCCCACUACCAGGGGUCCCCCUGAUGUCUUCAAGGACUACAGUGAAUGUUUCCUUAGCAGGAGAUCCCCUCCAGUCCUGUGCCAUUAUAUGUCUGAGAAAUCAAGUAUGUGUAGCUUUCACGUACAGCAAUGCCACAGGCAUUCCUCAGUGUUACUGGGUGACAACGCUGCCAACUCAAUUGACCAACAGCACACAGUUCUGGACAUAUAGGAAAAACAGCACCAAUGUGUCCUUGCUGUUUAGCACACAGGCCACGGCUGGAAGUGAUUAUGAAACGGUAUCAGAGCAGUGGUUCACAAUGCAGGAAGGAGAAGAGUUUGCAAAUCUUACAGUCUCUAUACUACCUGACAGUUUCCCGGAAUUGGAUGAGCGAUUCAUUGUGUCUCUUCUUCAAGUCAAACUACAAAACGUUUCAACCGGCGUAAAGAAUCAGCCUGUAAUAGGCCAGCCAAACACGUCGGUGGUGGUUAUAAUGAUGAAUGGAGAUGCUUUUGGGGUGUUCGUGAUUUACAACCGGAGUCCCAAUGCAACGGAGGGAGGACGCCAUGUAGAGGUGCAGGAACAGCCACAGUCCAUGGUCCAGCUGGUGAUAGAACGCCUGGAGGGAAGUCUGGGACAAGUGACAGUGGAAUGGAGCAUUACUGGAGGAACGGCUUCUAGAAAUGUUGAUUUUACAGCUGAUGUUGGAGUAUUGAUAUUCGCUGAAGGUGAAACAAGUAAGGUGGUGACAUUGAUUAUACUGGAUGACUCGGAGCCUGAGGAUAAUGAAAGUAUUGUAAUAGGACUCACACAGACUGAAGGAGGAAGCCGCAUUCUCCCUAGUUCCAGCACUGUUACUAUCGUUAUUCUAGCUAAUGAUAAUGUUGCUGGCCUGGUUGGUUUUCACAGAGCCUCAAGAGCGUUGAUUGGUCGAGAAGGAGAAAGACUGCUGUUCCAUGUUUUGCGAACUCCCCCUGGCCGUGGGAAUGUGACAGUUAAUUGGAAACUUUCGGGACGCAAUGUGGAACUAAAUUUUGAAAACCGCACAGGAUUUAUUUUCUUUCCAGAGGCAGUACUGAACGCAAGCUUUACUGUUCAUCUGCUAGACGAUCAGAUUCCUGAAGAGAGAGAAGAAUACCGACUUGUCCUGUACAAUGUCAUAACACAAGGGGUCUCAGGUCCCGGUGUAGCUGUUCUUGAUGAACAGGGAUCUGAAGCGGUGCUGACUGUGGAAGCCAGCGAUGAGCCACAUGGACUGAUACACUUUGCGCCUUCGUCAAGGCUUGUGUUCACCCAAGAAGCAAAUAAAACAAUUCAGCUCUUUAUCAAUAGAGAGUAUGGAUCCUUAGGAGACAUUAAUAUCACAUACACAACAACUGUGUCGCUCACCCAAGCACUGAAUGACAGCAGCACGCACAGAGCAGAGCCAGGCCUGGAUUACAUCGCCACAUCUGGAUCUCUGAUCAUGCUGGAUGGUGAAACAACUGCUGCCAUUAAUGUAUCUAUUCUGGAGGACGACAUACCCGAAGUGCAAGAAUACAUCCGUGUCACGCUGACAUCUGUGGAUCUGAUUAUGAAGCUGGCAACAUCCUCACCGCCGCGCCUGGAUACUGAAGGUUUGACUGCUCAGAUCAUUAUUGAAGCGAAUGACGGAGUCCAGGGGGUUAUUGAAUGGCAGGGGACAAGCUAUGAAGUCAACGAAACUGUUGGUGUUUUAACACUUGUAGCCUAUCGGAAUAAGGGGACUGUUGGAAAUGUGUCAUUGUUUGUCUAUGCGCAGAAUAUUGAAGCACUGCAGGAGAUGGACUAUAAUGCUAUUUCAAUGGUUUUAACAUUUGCUGAUGGAGAAAAAUAUAAAUUGAUUGAUGUCCUCAUUAAUGAUGAUAAUAUCCCAGAGGGAGAUGAAAAGUUCCAGCUGAUACUUGCAAAUCCUUCCCAUGGACUAGAGCUGGGCCGGAACACAACAGCUACUGUUACAAUCCUUUCUAACGACGACGGUCAUGGAGUAAUAUCCUUUAACAACAGCGAGCACUUCUUUCUGAGGGAGCCCACUGCCCUGCACCUGACAGAGACUGUGGCACUGCUGUGUGUUAUCAGGGAUCCUCCACAAGGGAUAUUUGGCACUGUCACAGUUCAGUAUCUUGUCACAGGAGAGAAUGGUUCUGAUGCUUCUGGUGAUCUGAGUCCAGUAGAAGGAUAUGUUAUAUUGGAAGAAGGAGUGAGGUUCAAGACCCUGGAAAUUUCUGCAGUGCUGGAUGAGGAACCGGAGAUGGACGAGCAUUUUACUGUCACACUGUUGAAUCCCACUGGUGGUGCUAGACUGGGUACAAGCAUACACACUGUGAUAACAGUGCUGCAGAACCAGGCACCACAAGGACUGUUCAGCAUCUUCCCCACUAAUAACAGGACAAGUUCUUUGAUGAUGGAGGAGAAUAAUGCAACAGUCUAUCUGAGAGUGUCCCGCAGCAAUGCACUGAACAUAUCUGUGAGCGUGGAGUGGGAGACGGUAUCGGGAAGCGCCUUCGGCAUAAAGGGUCCCAACACUGUACUGUCUGUGUUACAAAGUUUUCCCAAUGAGUCAGCUUCCAGCUGGUGUUUCUUCACUCAUGACGACGUACAAUACGGUGUUUUGCUAAAACGGUUUUCCAUGGCUCAUUCCACUUCCACAGUCUACGAGUGGCGCGGAGUAUUUGUAGCUAUCCAGGAUUUUACCAUUGAGAACCCUGUGCGUUGUGUGGAUUUUACAGCUAAUGGCUCUCAGGUCAUUGUUAUUACUACUGGCAUUGGUGAUCAACCUGCAAGUAACAGAAUCUAUACAUUCACACGCAAGGAUGGAUUAUUACUGAGACAGACGGUGUCCGUACCAGGAACAGGCAGCGUUAAGCAUUUCUCACUUGGAUAUCAGGAAGUUUAUUUGAUUAUUUCAAGUCGUACAAACACAUCUCAGAUUUACAAAUGGAGUAACGGCAUGUUUGUACUAUAUCAAAGACUCCCAGUCCAUGGAAUUACAGGGCUGACGGCAUUCACUCGUGGAGGUGUUGUCUACAUGGUCCUGUGUCUUGGAGGUUCUGUCCAGAAUUCUGUCAUGUACACAUGGUCAAGUGACCAGUUUGGAAAUCCACAAGAUGUGCCACUUACUGGAGCUACAAGCGUGGAGUCCUUGGUUUCUGGAGCUGACAUCUACAUUAUAUUUGUACAAGCUGAAAGUGAUGCCAUUAAUAUUUUUCUGUGGGAAUCAGGACAGACAUCUAUGAAAAAAAUCCAAGUAAUUUCUUUUAAAGCCACAAACAUGAUCCAUGCCUUUAUGCCGCCAUCAGGACUAGCUCACAUUCUGCUUGCAGGGGGCAAUGUAUCAGAAUUGUAUCGCUUAAACUUUGGAAGGGGACUGUUUUCUCCAUUACUGUUGGCUCCAGCCUCUAAACAGUUGGUAUCCACUUCUGUAAUAUCAUUAAAUGUAUCCAAGACCCUCAUUGCCCUGGUUGGAGAUGAAACCUCUCAGAUCUUUGAGCUGACUUCUGUAUCCAAUCAAUCUGAUUUCAUACCCAGCUCAGGUGAGUUGAAGUUUGAGCCUGGCCAGAGUGAAGCCACUUUUGCAGUUAAUAUCCUUGAUGAUUCAAUCCCAGAGGAAGACGAAUCUUUUAGAAUAAGGCUGAAGAACCCAAAAGGUGGCGCUGAGAUUGGAAUCCACUCUUAUGUGACUGUAAUCAUUCCAACCAAUGAUCAUGCCCAUGGGGUUAUUGCAUUUUCUCAGAAUUCUUUAAUGAAACAAGCAGAAGAGAUGGAACAGGACAAUCUGAUCAGCUUCAACAUUGAGCGUCUCUACGGAACAUUUGGCCGUAUUGUGGUGGCGUGGUUUGCUAAUGGCAGUGUUGCUGACAUAUUUCCUCCAUCAGGAGUGGUGACUUUCUCAGAGGGCCAGGCUCUCGCUACUAUCACCAUUACAGUUAUUGCAGACAAUAUAGCUGAGCUUGAAGAGACAGUCACAGUUAUCCUGACUAAAGUGACAACUUUGAAUAUCCCGGAUUCACGCAGAGGAGCUAUACUGGACCCCAAGAGGUCCAUGGCUGUGCUGACCAUACUUCCCAAUGACUCUCCACAUGGUGUGAUUGGAUGGCAUUUCAGCUCAAUCACUGUUAAAGUGGAUGAACCCGAAGCGACUCCCACAGUCAUCGCUCUGCAAAUUUCCAGAGAACAAGGUUUUGUGGGCGACAUUGCCAUUUACUUGGAAUCCAAACCAAAUGUCUCCCUGCCGCUUGCCAACAGGGCCACGGAAAAUGCAGACUACUUGGUGAAAGAUAAAAUUAUUAUCAUAAGAGACAGCAGCACCUUUUCUGAAGUUCAUGUUACAAUCCUACCUGAUGAUAUCCCAGAGCUAAAUGAAGGCUUUCUCUUAAACAUCACUGAUGUCCAUUUUGUGAAUUCUUCCACCUCAACUGCAGUACCUGUUAUCAGGAGGCCGGGGGUGGAAAUCUGUCAGGUUACGAUCCUGGAGAAUGAUGAACCAAGAGGCGUCUUCCAGUUCAACGUUACUAAGGGUGCAGAUGGGUCUGUGAUUGCCUAUGAAGUGUCUGCUCCACAAAAUGUGCUGAGACUCCCUGUUGUCAGGCAAGCUGGGACAUUUGGCUCUGUGACUCUGUAUUGGGAAGCCCUGCCAAUCACUGCAAGUAAUAAUGAUUUUACACCAUCUUCAGGGAACCUGACAUUCUCUGACGGACAGUCACUAGGAGAAAUAGACAUUUUUAUAGUGGAUGAUACCGUUAUUGAGUUUUUAGAGACAUUUAAUGUUUCCCUGAAACAAGCGACAAAUGGAGCCAAAUUAGGUAGAGAAACUACGAUCGUGGUCAACAUUCCACCAAAUGAUUCUCCUUUGGGAUUGUUCGGCUUUGAGAAGAAAGUGGUUCUGGUUUCUGAGCCGCAGAGAAUAGGUGACCCAGCCGGGGAAGUGACUCUGACCGUGGCACGCAGUCAAGGAGGUCACGGAGCUGUAAAAAUAAUUUGGAUUGUAGAGGAAGAAGCACAAUAUGACCUCAGCCCGCUAAAUGGCACUCUCAUCUUUAAUGAGAGUGACACCAGAAAGUCAUUUACAUUGAAGGCAAUUCAAGACGGUCUGCUUGAGGGAGAAGAAAAGUACAGUGUACAACUGGUGUCAGCGGACUAUUCCGUGAUCUCGCCUGUAGAUGGUAGAGCCACUGUUGUGAUCUCUGGAGACGUUGGGGCUUCUGGUGUAGUUGGAAUAGCUCCUUCCUCACUUCAUGUUCUGAUUGGAGAACCAUCAGGAAGCUAUAAUGGAACUGCUCAUGUCAGUCUGGUUCGUGGUCCAGGGAUUUUUGGAGAGGUAACAGUGUACUGGAACAUUACUCCGGCAUAUCUAAGUGAGUUUGUUGAGGUGUCAGGAAUGGUGACGUUGAAAGACAGACAGUCUGCGGCUGUUGUUCAUAUACAGGCUCUUGAUGACAGCGUUCCAGAGGAGAAAAGCUCAUAUCAGUUUCAUCUCAGUAGAAUUAGUGAAGGAGGAAUAAUAAAUGAAUCGGCUAGGUUUGCCAAUAUCACCAUGGCUUCCAGUGAUUUUCCAUAUGGACAGUUUCAGUUUUCAAGAACAUUGCUGCAAGUUUCAGAGGAAGUAAAAUGGGUAAAUAUAACCAUCACACGAUCUGCUGGAGUAUUUGGUGAAGUUGAGCUAAGAUAUCAAACCAUGCCUGGAUCUGCACUGAGUGACCUGGAUUACACCAGCAUCUCAGGACAAGUUGUAUUCAAACCAAAUGACACAUUGAAAAGUGUUUCUAUAGAGAUAAAAAAUGAUUUGCUACCAGAAGGUCCAGAAGAUUUUUUUGUGAUGAUCACGGAGGUGAAGCCUGUAGGAAGGAGCUAUGACUUUACUGUCAGAGAGAAUGGAUUACAGAUAGAUCAACCACCUGUAAUAGGAAACAAUUCCAUUAUCCGCAUCAUUAUUCUUAUAAAUGAUAAUGCAGAAGGAGUCAUAGAGUUUGAUGCACAAUUUAUUACUCUCCAAGUGGAAGAAGAUGUUGGGAUAGUAUUGAUCCCUGUACUGAGAACACGUGGAACAUAUGGAUAUGUGACAGCUGAUUUUAUCACUCGUGGCAUUUCUGCUUUGCCCAAUGGUGUUGACUACACAAUCUCUAAUACUUCAGUAAUAUUCCAGCAUGGACAAAAUCACAGUUUUAUCAACGUUUCUAUUAUUGAUGAUGAAGAAAGUGAAUUUACUGAGCAGUUUGAGAUCCGUCUUGUGGGAGCGAGUGGAGGAGCAGUCCUGGGCCAGAAUCUUGUGUCGCUCAUUACAAUAGCUAAAAGCGACUCGCCAAAUGGAGCUGUGAGGUUCCUUAACCACAGUCAGAUUACCAUUCCUAACCCCAAUGUGACAGUCACUAUACCGCUGGUGAUGGAGAGGAUAGGAGGACAUGUGGGAGAAGCUCAGAUACUGUGGCAUAUAUUGGGACCAAAUUCCAGGUCCAUCCUGUCCACUGGCAAUGAUGACUUUAGCGAGCCUUUGAAUGGAUCUUUCUAUUACAAAGAUGGUGAAGGUGGAUUAAGGAUCAUUAACCUCAAUAUCCUACCCCAUGGAGAAAUUGAGGUACAAGAGAAAUUCAUUGUUGUACUGAGCAUUGUGAGCGGGACGAUUGAUGUUGACCCCAAAGCAGGAAACGUGACUCUGACAAUACAGAAGUUUGGGGAUCCAAAUGGAAUUGUUCAAUUUGCAGCUGAGUCACUUCUGAGGAAGAAUUAUACAGAGCCAGAAGCCUCAGAGGGGCCCUUGAAUAUAACUUUUAUUGUCAAGAGAGUUCAAGGAACGCUAGGCAACCUUACGGUUUAUUGGCAGUUGACCAGUGUUUUGGAUAUUCAAAGUGACUUCACUAUGACUUCUGGUUGGGUCAUCAUUCCUGAUGGUCAGAUUGUUGCAAAUAUAACCAUUCAGCUCCUUCCAGAUGAUGUGCCAGAGCUAGACGAGACCUAUAAGAUUCAGCUGACCUCUGUGGAAGGAGGGGCAGAUUUGGAUAAUGACAAAAGUGUGUCGUGGUUCAGUGUUCUGGCAAAUGAUGAACCUCACGGUGUGUUCCUUUUGGACCCUGCAAGUCAGGCCGUCAUUGUGAACAGUGACUUGGGUCGCUAUGUACAAGUUAAUGUCACUAGACUUGCCGGCACAUUUGGCAAUGUCACUGUGGAGUAUAAGGUAUCUUUUGGACAACCAGAACAAGGAAAUCGUACAAGGACAAUUGUAAUGAAUGUGCUGAUUCCAGAUGGUGCAAACUAUGGUGUUAGUGCAGUGCCAAUCAGUGACCAGGUUUUCCUUCUACCUGGCUUUAAUUUUUCUGUCGAGUUGACAAAUGUUACUCUGAUGGGUAUGAGUGCCUUUGGAAAGCCCCAUAUACAGAAAGGACAAACGCCAACUCCGGUAUCAGUGCCGACGAAUGCUGCCAAUUCAGAGGUUGGUUUUGAAUCAUUUGCUUUUCGACUUACAAAUAUUACAUCAGGAAUAGGCCAUGCUGUUAUAUACAGAGAAGGUACUUUUGGUUCCAUAACCAUAAACUGGCGUUCUGGAUAUCCGCUUGGCCAGAUGCCAAAGAACAUCUGCCUUGGUAAAAUUUCACCUGAAUCUGGUGCUGUUGUCUUUGCCCAUGGAGAAUACAGGAAAUCAAUCCCACUGCACUUGGAGGCAAAUUCUAACGGGCCAGAAGGUUUCGCUUUGCAGAUUAUUGGCCUAAACAGCAGUGUGACCAGUGGAGCUCAGCUGAAACCAGGAUUUACUUUUGCAGAAUUUGAACCAAUGGGAAUUUUCCGGUUUGCACCCACUUCCAAGUACGUUAUAGUGCAGGAAGACAGUCGGACAGUGACGCUGCAUGUUCAACGCUUGUUUGGUUUCCAUGGCAACAACACAAAACUCACUUUUCAGACCAUUUCAGGAAGUGCCAAAGAAAAAGAAGAUUUUGUGCCCAUUUAUAAUGGAGAACUGAUAUUUGAGAAACAUCAGACAAGUUCAGUAAUAAAAGUUUCAAUAAUUGAUGAUAAAAUUUACGAACUAGAUGAACUAUUUUACCUUAACCUAACAUCUGUGGAAAGUAUUGACAUCUACCAUGAGAAACCUCGAUUACAUUUAGAUUUUAGUCUUUCAGCUAUAACAAUAUUAGCAAAUGAUUUCACAAAUGGAGUCUUAAGUAUUGGACCUGCAAUAAUGUAUGUAGAUGAAGAUUCCAACAACGGUGCUCUAAAGACAGUAACCAUUCAUGUCAGGCGGACCCAAGGUUCCAGUGGGAUUGUCCACGUCACACUUGCAACUUUUGGAGAGCGAAAGGCUAAAACUGGCUUACAGGGCCUACCCUUCCAGCAUAGUCAUGGGUCCAGAAAUAUUACAUGGGCUAUUGAAGGCCUGGACUUUGAAGAGCAGGAUAUUCUCAUUACGUUGCUGGACGAGGAAAGCGAAACAGUAGUGUCAUUCAAGAUCAUAGAUGACGAGGAACCUGAAGGUCUGGAGAUGUUCUAUGUCUUUCUCAAAGACCCUGAAGGAGGGGCUGAGAUAAUAGAUGGCAGAGAUGAGAGUGGAUUUUCAUCAUUUUCUACCAUUAUUAUUCAAGGAAAUGAUAUUCAGAACGGCAUAUUGGGAUUUACCAUGGAGUCACAGGAUAGCCUGGUGCUUGAUGAAGACUCAACGCAUAGAACUGCUCAGCUUAUAGUGUCAAGACAAGCAAACAGGGCAUUUGAAGAUGUGAAAAUCUAUUGGCGUGCGACCUUUAAUAAAACUUUAGUUGAACUUCAUAAGGAUGAAGUAAGCUUGGUUAAUGAACUGCAGGUGGUAUCAGGAUAUACCAUCUGCACUGCCGGCCAAACACAAUGCCUAAUUACUGUGGAAAUAAAAGACGACAAGGUGCCUGAAAUUGAAACCUACUUCUUCAUUGAGCUGUAUAAUGUGAGUGCUGGCGCAUUGAUAAAUGGCAGCGCUCGAUUUGCCAAAAUAAUCAUUCUUGAAAGUGACUCCCCUCGUGGCCUGAUUUUUUUCGCUGUGGGAUCCAGAGUGGCCGUUGCUCUCAAGAAGUCAACUUUAAUCAGCCUGCAAAUUUCCAGGCAGCCUAACACAUCCCAAUCCAUUUCUGUUGGAUAUCUGAUAUUGGAACUGAAAAGAUCUGAAGUGAUUGGACAUACAGUGAUUUUUCCAGCUGUUGCAGGCCGAGACUUUGUAGCCUCUGAGGGGACACUCACCUUUGAGUCAGGACAAAGAAAUAUUGUACUGGAUGUCGUCCUUACUCCAGAAACCGCAUCUCUCAAUCCGUAUCCAAAGCGUUUUCAGGUUUUUCUUGAGAAUCCCACAGGAGGUGCCAAAGUAGAUAGAGAGUAUGGAACUGCCAACGUCACCAUAUUGUCAGACUCUUCAUCGCAGUCUACCUGGGGGUUACUUGACCAACUCCAUCAGCCCUAUAAUGAGGACAGUUUCAAUAGGGUUCUUCAGACCCUCAGCAAUAAGGCGGGUGCUGAAUUUUCACAAGAGCAACUUGGUGCCACAAUAAACAUCUUGGAAAAGAUAACAAGUGACGGUAGAAUACAAGUUCUGAGUGAAGAGAGCCGCAUUCUCUUUUAUGACAUACUCUGCAGUCUCGCCAGUCCAGAGCGGUUGGACACACGUGGAUAUAGCCCAUUAAUUGAAGUAGCUGAAGUCUACGCCUUUUCCCUCCUCACUGGAGUGGCCUGUGGAUCUUCAGGCGUAAAAGGGAAGACUCUUUUUGACUCCUGCCCCCAUAUCUCUAUAAGUGCCUUUCACUGGUAUCCACAACAAAUUAAUGGACACACAUUUGAUGGGAAGAAUGGAGAUUCCAUCCAGCUCCCUGAAAGGCUCUUGGCAGUUUUUCCUAUGAACACAACUUCAGAUGAAGGCUGUAAAUCUGUGCAGUUUAUUGAAUACAGCAGCCAGCAGUGGUUUCUUACUGGAGGAGAAGAGAGUGCACUAAAUAACAAGGUUUUAUCUGUCAGUUUGAUGGGAAACAGCUCUUAUCCAUUAGCCGACAGCAAUGAGGUUGUUUAUAGGAUCAAUGCAGCAGGUGGUCGCAUCGUACCGCUCAUGUCGCUCUGUCUUCUGUGGAAUCAGGCAUCAGAAAGGUGGCUGUCCAACAGUCAGUUCUGCAGACUUAUGUCAGACACAACAGAGUACGUGGAAUGUGCCUGCUCUCACAUGUCAUCCUAUGCAGUGUACGCUCACACUGACAACCUCUUCUCCUACAAUGAAGCCUUUUUCUGUGCUGGAUUUAUUUGCAUCUCUGGGUUUAUUUUGGCCAUUCUUUCCCAAUUAUUCUGCACAAAGUCUUCCAUGUUUGCAGCGAAGCUUCUCAGUCACAUGAUGGUGGCCUGUUUAGGAACUCAGAUCUCGUUCCUGGCCUCUGCUUACAUUAGCCGAGACCUCUCCUUGGAAAGCUGCACUGGUCUGGCGUCUGUCACACACUAUUUUUACCUCUGCCAGUUCUUUUGGAUGUUCAUUCAGGCAAUUAAUUUUUGGUAUGUUCUGGUGAUGAAUGAUGAACACGCUGAUCGACGCAAUUUGGUCUUCUUCAUACUGGGAUGGGGACUUCCUGCUGUAGUUGUGGCGCUGCACAUAGUUAUUCUGAAAAGUAUCUACAAAAAAAAUAUGGCCGAGAUCUAUGGAUUGGUCCAUGGUGACAUGUGUUUUAUUCCCAAUGUUUAUGCAGCUCUCUUUACUGCGGCCCUGGUUCCACUAGUUUGCCUCGUGGUAGUGCUGGUCGUUUUCAUCCAUGCGUACCAAGUCACACAGCAAUGGAAAGCAUACGACGACGUGUUCAGAGGGAGAAGUAACGGCACAGAGAUACCCCUGAUCUUGUACCUCUUUGCUCUGAUAUCGGUGACAUGGCUUUGGGGUGGAUUACAUGUGGCUUACAGAUACCUCUGGAUGUUGGUUCUCUUCAUUAUUUUCAACAGCCUACAGGGUCUUUAUGUCUUUGUGGUCUACUUUAUUAUGCACAACCAGCUCUGCUGCCCAGUUAAAGCCAGUUACAGCAUAGAGAUGGAUGGACAUAGAAGCCCAGCCUCCGCUUUCUUCACACCUAGCAGUGGAAUGCCGCCCGCCGGGACAGAGAUCAGCAAGUCCACUCAGAACCUGAUUAGUGCAAUGGAGGAGAUAUCAUCGGAAUGGGAGAGGUCCGGCAGCCAGGAAAAGCAAAGUCCUCAGAACGGCGCAGCCUAUACUCCCUCCGGAGGCUACAGUAACGGCUCGCUGGUUGCUGAUGAAGAACUACAAGAAUUUGACGACUUAAUAUUUGUUUUAAAAGCUGGAUCAGGACUGAAUAUAAGUGACACGGAAUCGUGCCACGAAAGCCAAGAUGGAGGCAGCAUGGCUAACUCACAAAUUGUGGAACUCCGGAGAAUUCCCAUAGCGGACACUCAUUUAUAACUCAUUUUUUUAAUACAGAACAUCCAUAUUUUUUUAUUGUUAUAAUUGCACUAAACAGUACCACAGUGUAAAAUAGCCUCCCGAUAACUGCCGUCAUAGCAGUGACUUAUGCCCUAUAGAGGAGCAGAUUGGACUAAAUACUGUAUGUGAAUACUGAAGAAACUGGACUUGGGGAAAAACCCUGACUGGACAUAGUAAUAAGAAGAAAGUGAUUACAUUAACAUUAUGAUUAACCCAUUUACUGUAGCAAACAUUAAAACCAUUUUGUUUAUUUGUAA